AUGCCCAACGCUAACGGUAAUAAUAAAAAUAAAAACAAAAUUAAAAUUAAAUCAAAACAUAAGAAAAAAAAUAAUAAUAAUACUAGUGAUAAUGAUAAAACGUCUUGCAACUAUCCUAUCCAUUUAUCUCCAUUGAACUUAAAUACUAAUGUCACUAACAAUACCGAAAAUAACCACACAACCAAUUAUAUAUAUGAUUUAUUAAACAGAGAUGUUUUUCUAUUCGAUAAUAGUCAAUACUACAUGGAAAACCAUAAAAAUAAUAAUACUAAACUCAACUAUAUUAAGACCAAAUUUAAAACACAGAGUGCAUCUCAAUUUUACAAAUUAAGUGGCAUUAGUACAAAUACAGACAACGUGAUCAAAGGCGAUAUUCCACGUAAUGAAUUGCAUUGUUUUCAAUAUUCAAUAGAUGGUUUUAUACAAAAUAAGAGUGGUGAUAGAUUCCAUUCAGCUAACCCUAUAAUUUGGGACUAUGAAACUGGUUAUGUCUUUUUUACCGGUAUUUGGAGACUAUAUCAGGAUGCUAUUAGGCAUAUAAUGACGUUGUAUGUAAAGAAAAAUAGUAUAAAUGUUAACAAUACCAAAAUUACAAGCACACAAAAGGAUUGCCACAAGGCUUGGCUAACUUUUAAUAGUCAAAUACAAAAGAAAUUAAAAUCACCAUUUCAAAUAAUGAACUUUGGCACCAAUAAUGUUGGUACUGAUUCAGCCCCCACUGAAUUGAGAGAACCUUACGCUUGGAAAAAUUAUGCAGAUAUUAAUUGGAAUAAUGCUAUUUCUAGUGAUUUAGAGGAAGAGUUGUUAAAAUUGAAUCAUGGCGAUAUCGAUACUGUCGAGGUAGAACUAAAUACCCUUAUUCAGAGAAUUAGAGGCGGUUUGAUUAAAAUUCAAGGGAGUUGGUUACCUUUCGAAAUUUGUAAAGAGCUAUGUUCAAGAUUUUGUUAUCCCAUUAGGUACAUUUUAACACCCAUCUUUGGUCAUGAUUUCGUUCAAAUAUGCGAGCAAUAUCAAACCCAAUACACCUGUGAUAAGGAUAUUUAUAUCGCCAGUGAAAUAUUAUUUGGGUUUAGGAGCAGUGGUUGUAUGACUGUCAGUAAUAAUAUUAAAACGAUUAAUAAUAGCAAUCAUCCUGCUUUAUGCGCCGUUGAUGUAAAUAAUAAUACUAAAAAUUUGAAUAGCAAAAGAAGAUUGCUCGGUAGCAAUCUUACUACUCACAAAAAUAGUAUUGUGAGAAAUGCCAAAAAUACUAAAUAUUCAAUUGUAAAACCGUUAGUGUUACCAAAAUUAUCGCCUACUAUUCCUAAAGAAUGGGUCGAUACUGUUCCCAAUACUUUCAUUAAGCCACAUUUUUAUAAUUCAAAGAAAUUUAGGUAUAAAUACAACCCUAUUGCAGCUAAUAAUUAUAACGCAGGUAGUCCUAACGGUACUAAGCGGAGCGUUAAUAAUAGUGCUUCAGAAGUCUUGAUGACCAGGGAUGUAAACUCAGAAAUUUUAUUUCCUAUUAAUUUUACAAGGAGAUCCAGAUCUAACUUGGAUGCUAUUACUACUUCUAAUGAAUUAUGGUUAAAAAAUAAGCAAAAUCCAAUCCAACUAUCCCAGUUUAGCAAGCAUGGUACUAAUACUACUAAUAAUAAUAACUAUAAUUAUAGUAUUAAUAAUAAUAGCAGAUCUGAUUCAUUCAAUAGUCAUAAUGAUACCUCGCUAUCUAUUUUUGCAAAUAAUACCAAUACCACCUUACCUUAUUCUGCUGAAAUAUGGACAAAGCCAAGGGUUUUCCAAGCUAUGUGUUAUAAUAACAACAAUAAAGUUGCAAUACCAAUUAAACAAAGCAAUUUCAAUGUUAACAAUCCUUUUAUUAUAUUGCCAGAUUCAACAAACAAGAAAUAA